ACAGGACUAUCUCCAGCUUGCCGCGCACGAAGCUAUUCGACAACAGCACUCGUCACCAACCAGAAGCUUCAGUUCGGCGCUAGCUGUCUGUGUUUUGCACGUUUGCAUUUAUACUUUCGAAAACUUCUUUUCAAAUAAAGCGCCUGCUGUAUUGUAUCGUUUACGUUUUUAACGCAAAGUAGUUUUCGUUCUAAAUUGAAGCUCGCUCUACAGUACGAAAACAGUGUCCCCGUCUUCUUUGUGUGAUGCGCCUGCAUGUGUAAUGAACGGACGCCAUAUUUGUUUCUCGCAGGCAAUUUUUAUUUCUUGAAACAAGAGUUUUAAAUCACGGCUAAACUUGUUAAUACGAUGUUUGUAUCAACUGCGUCAGUUUGUUGGUGUGAACUGUGAAGUGUAAAUUAUUUCUAGUAGUUCAUUAUACGCUUGAAAAAAAACUAUCAUCGCUGCUUCCACGAGCAAUUUCCAGGAAACUGUGGUGUAGGUGACGUGACGGAGGCUGCAGACGUGGGAGUUGCCCUCCUGUUCGGCGACCGGCUGCGAGGAGGCUCGGGCGCUGGCAUGGUGCUCCUGGCGGGAAGCUGGGGCAUGGGAGAUGACGCCCUCGAGCAGAGCAACCACCACCACCACCACAACCACCACAACCACCACAACCACCACGCCGCCGCCUGCUGCUGCGACCUGGCGUCGGGCCGCCGGCUGUGCGCGGACCGCGACCACGAGGUAGCGCUCUUCCCUCUCAACAACCAGGUCGGCGGGCACACCCGGCUCUUGUUGCUGAACCAGGCGACGAUCUGCAAGCCGCUCAACGCGCGGGAGUAUGACUUCUACCAGAAUAUCCCAGAGGACAUCCAGAUGUUUGUCCCUCACUUCAAAGGCGUGCUGCAGGCCAGCAACGCGGGGGGCCCCAAGCUGGACCAGCGCUACAGCCCCAGCUUCUGCGACGACCUCGCCCGCGGCAAGCUGCCCGGCUCCAAGAGGAAGCGCGAGGACGUUCUGAGGAUGAAGGUACACAGCAAUGGAACAGGAAGUGAAUUGCUGAAGAAUUGUGUUCAAGUGGAAAACAGCAACAAGCAAUACUUCCUGCUGCUGGAGAACAUAACCUCGUCCUACGUGAAGCCGUGCAUCCUGGACCUGAAGAUGGGCACCCGCCAGCACGGGGACGACGCCUCUGCCGAGAAGAAGAGCAAGCAGAUGGCGAAGUGUGCCGCCAGCACGUCUGCCUCCCUCGGUGUCCGCCUGUGCGGCAUGCAGGUGUACCAAGCUGACACGGAGCAGUACGUGAAGCGGGACAAGUACUGGGGCCGCAGCCUCAGCGAAGAAGGGUUCAAGGCCGCGCUGUACAGCUUCUUUCACAACGGCUACCGGUUGCACACUCAGUACAUACGGCGUGUGAUCGAGCGUCUCGCAGAGCUUCGCAGGGUCAUAGAACGGCAGAGCAGCUACCGGUUCUACUCCUGUUCACUGCUCAUCGUUUACGAGGGCUACCAGCCGCACCUCGUCGAGAACAACUACACCCACGACUUGGAAGACCUCAGCAUCAGUGACGACGGCACCCAGGAGUCGGGGGUGAGCUUCCCGUACUACGACGGCGACACGAGCAACUCGUCUUCCCACGACGACUCGAGCCAGGACUGCCACCCGCGCGGCUUCACCGGAGCGUCGUCGUCGUCGCGGUUCUGCCCCAUCUCGGAGGAGACCAUGUUCCUGGACUCGCCGCCCGCGCCGGGCCUCGCCGCCGCCUCCAGCCCCCUGUCGGACAGCUGGGCCAACUACAGCGACUGCUCCUGCUCGCAGCACACGGAGAGCUCCGAGGACGACUUCGACGUCCCGGGGGUGUCGGAGGCCAAGCGCGUCCGCCAGCAGUCCCGGUCGGACCCGCCCGCCGACAACCGGGCUUCCGGAGAGACGGCGACGCGGUGGAACUACGGCCGGGCCGAGGCGAGCGAGAGUGUCUCGGGCUGCGGCCGGGUGGACGUCCGCAUCAUCGACUUCGCCCACACCACGUUCGGGAACAAGAGCAAUGCCAACUCCGCUGUUCACCACGGUCCCGACUGCGGGUUCCUCACGGGACUCGACAGCUUGAAACGCCUGCUCGUAGAAAUUUUGGCUGAAGGUUAAAUUUCGAAUCUAGGAUGCUGUCUGAACGAAACACUGCCAUGGGUUAUCUAUCCGUGGCACUUUGUUUAUAGCCCAGUUUUAACAUUCUUGAAACUAACAGAAAACAAACUGCUGUUUUACGCAUCUAAAUACUCGGAUACUUUACAAAACUUUAUAUUUUUAACCAUAACUAUCUUGGGAUGAUUAAAAAAAAGAGAACUGAUGUUGGUGCUCACGUUAUUUCGAAGCAGCUUCAUCGGAUAUUUUAUCGAGUGUAGCAUUUAUUAGUGCUUUGUGACUGCCGAACGAUUUCAAGAGCAGAAUGGUCGCUGAGCGGUUUACAGUGGCUUUUAUUCCGCAAGCGCUGAAGACUUGCCGCCGAUUUUUUAAAUACGUGUACGUGUCUGAUGUGAAAUAUUUCUCAAACAAGGCAUGUAUCAUGUCUUUUACUUGUAUUAACGAGACUGUGUGUUUUCGGUGUACAACUUUUUAAAAAUUGUUCAAAACGUGUGAUGUGCUGCUGUGAAGCAGCUGUCUGUUUGUUGAUGCCAUUGUCUCCUGCCCAGUAUUAUCAUUUGUGUAUUUGCUGUAAGUGUUGUGCAGUUUUGCACUUCUCAUUUUUAUUGGUCUCAAUUUGAUUUGCUUCUACUGAAUGCAGUGGUCAUAUUUGAUUUUCCAUGUACAUUCCGUUACAUAAAUAUUAGGUGAAUUAAUGUAUUCGUCUUUUUGUAUAUUGUUUGGUGUAAAAAUGCUGUAAAUGACUUAGUAAACAUUGCAUCUUAGUUGGGAGAAAGAUCGGUUUUAACAAAAAAAGUUGGAAACAGUGAAUAGGUGCAGUGUAUUUUUGGAAUGUGUAUGUUUUGUCUCAGGCCGCUGCUGAAAGUAGUUUUUAAGUUUUUAUUGAUAUUUCCCCCCCCCCCCCCCCCCUCCUAGAGAUCUGCAUGCAAUAUGGCUCUUUGAUAUUAUGCAAAUUGCAGUUAAUUUAUUUUGUACAACCCUGAGGAAACUACAAUUUCAAGAAUCACAACCAAAAUAAUGAAAUGUAUGUAUGUCAGAAAGUAUUAUAAUUAUUUUUGCAAAUAAAAUUUAUAUUUAAAUUGCUUCAUUUAUAUUUAUACAUAUUUAAAUUGUAAUUGGGUAUGUAAUGGCAGUGAGAAAUUUUUGCUGUAAAGCAGAUUUUUGACAUUGAAUUUUAUGCACAUGUUGACCUAUGAGAAGUUUUAUAGGUUGUGGUAUGUGCACAAAUAAAUGUAUGAAUUUUUUUAUUUAUUAAACCUCAAUUAAACAAACUACAAAAAUAAUACAGGAAGUCCAUAAAAGACUGUCCCAGUUUCAAUGGUAUUUAAUAACAGUUUAAUUUAGACUAUUUACAACAAAUCAUACUAUACAUCAAAUGGAAGAUAAACUAACCUAGUUUUUCUUACAAAUGUUCAAUAUGUGCAAAUUUUAGUUCUACCGCACACAUCCAUCCUAAAAGUCGAAUUCUUCCCCCACACGUUCGGAGUAAUGGAAGCAAUAGCCUCUUCAGUUCUGUGUCUCAACUCUGGCAGAUCAUUACGUAGUGGCGGAACGUAGACACAAUCUUUUGUAAAGCCAUGAAGGAAAACAAUUGCAUGGCUUUAAUGUCAGUCCUGUGCUUUUUCCUUUACAAAUACAUCCGGUCAUUUCGAAUUGCCUACACCAUCGGCAGAUAAUUUUGCCUCAUGGGAGGUCACAAUUAAACCUUGAACGAAAUGCACGUUUAACUGUAAUUGCAAAUUUACUCUUGGAAAAUUGCAGAAAACAAAUCACAUUAUGCUCAGGAGUUGCCAUUUACGUAAGCGACACUGCAAGCCUGGAAACAACAAAGCAGUGCUCGCGCAUUUGCUUGUCUAAAACUGUUUGAGUUACUCCUUAGUUGAGACCUUGAACCAACAUGACGACGUUUACUGUUGAUUCUAUUAAAAUUUCUACCUGGUACAUUAUUUUAUGUAAUGUUGUAUGUUUUAUGUAUUAGAUAAAACGCUGCAGCAAAUUCUGAUUACAGUAUUAUGAGGAUGAAACCCAUUAAGAAUAAAGUAAUGGUGAUAAUGAUUCUAAUGCUAAAUUUUGGCCAAACAUAUGCCUCGGGCAUAGUUUUCAAACACACAUUUUGUGUGAUCAACUGUUGGUUAAUGACUAAGCUAAGCACUUAACUUCAAAGUCCUCUUAAAUUGUGGGUUUUUGUGUUUAAUGUCCUAAUAAUAUUAUAGAUAUAAACUGUUAGUGAUAAGUUUCUCUGUUUCUUAAGUACAAAAAUGAAAAAAGUUAUAAGUAGUAUUCUUUAAUUAAACUUGGUCAGGUUCGUAUGGAAUAAUUGUGUGCUACUGCCACAUGAAGGGACAUGGCGACAUGUAGUGUAACGACAGCCACUGACCUUGGAAUCAGCAGAAGAUAUACUGGCAUGCUGCACUACUGAAUAUCUCAAAUUUUUCGUUGAUGUUAGAUUGCUGACAUUAAUAAAUGAUACUAGCCCAAAUAUAACAAACGUUCUAAAUAUUUUCGGGUGAGAGAGAGUUGGCUGGAAUUUUACAGACCAGCUGAGGAAAUAAUAGGCAUGACAGAAGUACACAGAGCAUUAAGAAAUUGUCAAAUCCACUAUCAGCAGCUAGAUUUAUUCAUUAGUUGUUGGAGUAUUAAUUAAGAUGAUGCUGUCUUUUCCUGUAGAACACAGUGGAGUACGUAUUACAAUGUAUUUGGAAAAACUUGUAUUUUUGGUACCUACGUAGUAAUGUAGCACUUAAUAUUGAACUGUUACUAAAUUGAAACAUUUUAUAAGGAUAUGAAACUCUAUAUUUUAAAGUGAGGUACUUCAUUGUGAGGUUUCACUAUAUCGCAACUUAGUUCUGCAUCACAUCAAGACAAUGGUUUUCAAGCUGUAUUGCAACUGUGGACUAUCCCAAUUAUUUCAAAUUCGUUUUUUAAAAGAAAAUUUUUUCUCACAUUUUUAUUUUCACAUAGUGUAUUAAAAAUUAUAAACUCUUAUAAAAGUAAUGAUCUAGAAUGAGUUUUGAAUAGUACUUUCAAAUAAUAUGUAGUACUCUGCCGAUUUGAAAUUUAAAAGAUUGUCAUGGGAAUGUUACCCUGCUCAUGUCAACACACCUUCAAGUGUUCGAUAUGCUGGUCUUAAAUUUUUAAUUUUUGCAAGUUACCACUUCAGAAUCUUGUUUUAUAAGUUUUUUACCAACGACCUUUUAGUGUUUAGGAUUCUCGCAGAUUAUUACAUACGUAAAUCCUCUUUUGGUUGACUUGCAUUCCUACUUGAACACUUUCUAUUGUUACAUGCCAGCCAUGUUUUGUUGUGGUUGAAGAUCAUAUUGAUAUAUUUGUUGGCAAUACAAAAUAUUACUCUGUUGCACAUGAAAUUAAAGUUGACUAGUUUUCUAGUUCCAUCUACCCACCCAAUGGUGCAAAAAACUGCCUACUCUUUAGUUUGAUGCCAAAUGCAGUAGAUAGAGCAUGCCUGGCAACUUUAGGUUGGAUAAUAAUGGAAUAUAGGCAAGUGAUUUAUUUUAAGUGUUGAAUUUUAAAUAUAAAAAUGGGUACGGAUGGACUACCUUGCGGAAGGGACAUUUCGAUAAUCUACAAAUUUCACUCUUGCAUCUUGAAUUUGGGUACAGGAAAACCUUGAGAGACUACACAAGCUACAUUGAACUGUAUUAAAUCCUCAAUGGCCACAACACUAACCAUAAUCAUUUUUCUGUACAAUCUUUUUUUUAAAUACUUCUACUGGAUAUUUUUUUUGUAGUAACAGUUAUUAGCCUGGGGCCUAACUUGUAAAAAAAAAUGGCAUAAUACUUGUGCUUUUCACUUAUUUGAAACAUCAGCGACAUUGAUUUGUGAUGGGAUGUUCCUACGCCAACAAAUUUUUAGUGCCUACCUGAAUAUAGUAUAAAUUAUUUCUGUAUUAAAACCUUUAAAUUUAUUGUAAAAAGUUGCUGUGUGGUAUAAGCAUAACUAAAGAAUUGACGUGUAGUUUUGUGACAUUCAUACACACUACCUUGGUAACUGGAGCAGAUGGUGACUGUCAGGAAACACUUGGAACUGUUAAUCUCGCUCUGUAAAUGUUACAGCAAACCGGUCGUAGACUUGAGAAGUAGGAGUUGAGAAAAUUGCUACAAAUUAUUAUUGAGCAGGGAAAAUACUGCACUCUGAUGGCUCAGUGCGGCAUUUCGACUAUUGGCUUAGAACAGGUGAAGUUGGAUUAUAGGAAGGGAAGUAAUUAAAAUGGUCGUAGGCAAACUAUAUUUGUGUACUGUUUUAUUUUAUUUUUUGCUGAAAUUAAAAUACACAUCAAAAACAUUGAAAAUAUGUGUAUACAUAUAAUGCUUUUAGCAUUGAGCUGCAAGUAUAUCAAUAUGUAGCAUCAUUACUAAAUUCUUAAUAAAAUAUCAUGUGUUUGGAAUUAUAAAAAGAGUUUUUAGUCUUCGCACAGGGGUAUUAAUUAGCCAGCUGAUUCGGUUGAAAGUGAUGCUUAGAACGAUCACAAUAAUUGCCUUUGUCUGCCAAAAGGUUUUCAAGUGCAUAAGAGUAUCCGCUAGUUUAACAUCCUUUCUUAUAUGAGGGCUAUGAAAUUUCUUAGCUGCUUGGGCCUGACAUUUUUAUUAUUAAUCAGAAAUGCUUGCUUCUGGAUAACGAAUGGCUGAAAUACAUAUGGCGUAAUACUUAUCCAUUUGGUUGAAGUUAAAAAAAAAGUGUACUUAUUGCUUAUGUACAUCUAUUAGAGGUUAAACUUUUCUUUGAUUUAAUACACUAAAAUAUUUUGAAACAAACAAAAAUUAUCAAAAUUUGAUUACAUAUCUUUAAUUAUCAAAAAUAUUUUUGCAGGAUAAUGUUAUGUAGUUGAUUAUAUGUAUAUAUACAUAUAAGCUGAAGUACCCAGAUUUUACGCAGUGUAAAGAGGUUCUUUGUAGAUUAAAUUGAACACAAAAAUGUAAUGUUUUAUUUCAGAAAUUUUAACCAUUGUAAAUGGGGAUGGGAGAAAUUUUUUCCUUUUCAAAAAUUUAAUCCAGGCAGUAAAUUUUCUCUUCGAAUGUUGAGUGUGCAUGGGGUAAAAAAUAAAGGUUAUAUGACUAUAUAGUGUAAACUAACUAAACCAAUAGGCUGAGCUAGGUAUUAAAAGUGAUCAUUGGUUUAAUAACUAGUAAUAAUAUAAUUCGGUUCAAUUUUAGGUUUUAUAAAGCAAUAAUAAAUUGUAUAAAAAUUUACUGUCCAAUAGUGAAAUUUGAGCCUUGUAAUUCAACACCAUGCGCUGUCGUAACAAAUUUACAUUGACUACAUUCAAACCACUUCUUGCUGAUAUUAAGUAAGGUUAUUAUUGAAGCAAAAUGAAAUUUUAAGGCACGGUGUUUUGGCGACAGUGCAUUCAGCUCAUAUCAUAUAGACUUAAACAAGUGAAGGUUGGUUGAGCGAUGUAUGCUCGGCGCACAAGUACCUAUCUUUGUAUUUCAUGAAUCAUAAAGUGAAUAAAUUUUUUUCAACAUUGAUACAACUUAUUUUGUGGUAAUGCGUAAGGUACCGAGAAUUUGAAGUGAAGAAAGGUUAAAUGUGGAAAUUAUUUUAUUCGUAGGUGUGAAGUGACAAAACGGACAAGGAAAAGUUUAACAAGCGAGACAAAACAGGCUAAUCGGAAAGCGUUGAUGUUGCCAUUAUCAGUGUGCUGAAGAGUGAUGACUCAAACUAGGCUUGGAAUAAUGUCAAGUUAAUUGUUAUAAGUAAUGAGCGACUUGUUUGUUUUUUGUGUAUUUUACUUGCUAAAUAAUAAUUUUGGUAAAGUAUUUUGAGGAUACGUUUUAAGUUGUGUGUUGCAUCCAAGCGUUUUGUGCCUUACGCUAUUAAAUAGUGGAUUAUUCUGAUUUCAACCGAAGGUAGCCUUGUGAGACUUGUACGUUUUCCGCCCUAAGAUAUUUUUAAGAGUUAAAAUUUCAAGUUAAAAGUUACUGACAAGCUCAUAAAUAAAGUUCUUUCUAUUUGUUCACUCAGUUACAUUUUAGACAGAGUGAAUAGUGGGUGAUGAUGGUAUUUAUGUACAACCACACAGCCCUUACCAUUGUAAUUGUUUCCACAUUAAUUUUUUGCAACUUUUGUGAUGCGAGAUGGGAGUGGAAUGAAUUUUAAUAAAAAAAUGUAGUUCUGCAGAACGUCCUUUUGAGAUGUAAUGAAUGCACAAAAAUAUGUGUAUUAAAAAAAAUAAUAAUUUGUGCUUUUUGUUUUUGUUGCUACAAACUAAGCACUAUGAAAAACGUUACCGCAUUACUAGAGAAAAUAUUUUAUGGUUUUAUUUUUUCUGUGUUAUUGUCUUCAUUUAAAACUAUUUAUGUUUUUAAAAUAUAGUUUUAUUAUUCAAAAAGGAAAAACAUUAAAAUACAUUUACCCUGAUACUUAUUAUUAAAAUAAUGCCAUUUUGACUGAUACAUGAUGCUAUUUUACAAUAAAUGAUUUAAUUUGUAAGAAUCAUGACUAAAUCACAACUUUUCUGAAUAAAAAUAAAUUUACAAGUGUCUUUAUAUGUGUGAAAAAAUACAGAAACAUCAAAAAUGUAAAAAUUUUAACAUAUGCAAACUUCUGAAACAAAGUUAAAAAAAAAAAUAAUUUUCCAAUCUAUUUAGAUGAUAAAUUUUAGUUCAAACUUCAUGUUGAAUAAAUUACAUUGAUUGAAUUUAAAUAAGACUUAAUAAUGAUACAAUUUUGUGAUAAGUUAAGUGGUGUUAGAAUGCUUAUUAUAUUCAUGAUUUUAUUGCAUUUAGGUGAUUGCAUUUCGGUGUUAUAUAGUGCAUAGACAUGCUUUCUGGUUUUAUUUAGGAUUCAUCGCAAUUCAUAAAUAUGAUCUCGUCCCUACGCAUUAUUAUUACUCAGGACAGCAAAUGGAUAUUUAAGGUCAAGUUGGCAAUGCAGAUUCUUUGUCCUAGAAUGUUUGCUUAUUGUGUAUUUAACUCUAUAAGACUAUUAAUGGAAAUGGAUAAUGGACUGUUCAAAAGCAGUACCUAAUCAGUUUAGGUAUGACAUACAUAAUAAAAUUUUUGGUUGUGUUCUUGGUUUUGUGUUUUCACAAUAACUUAGGAAAAACGUAAUUAAAAAAAAAAAAUGUAAGCGAGUCUUUCAGUACUUGCCAGAGAUGUGUAACAUCUAACUUUGGUUAUGAGCUAAUUCACGUGUUCUCAUGCUGCAAAUACACUUAUAAUACAAAACUCUGCUUGAUGAACAAAGCUUGAUGAAUGUACGCAAAUUGUGCUUGCAACUACAUUUCUUUGACUCAAAACACACUUAAGUUUCCGUACCCGCCACUAGAGUUUGCUGCCAGAGCAACUAUGAUGACUAUUGAAUAAUUUGAUUAGCAUACCAAAAUUUAAAAAUAUGUAAUGAAAUGGCUCCGAUAAAAGUUGAAAAAGCUUGAAAAAAUAUUAAACCCCAACUUUGAAUCUGUUUUUCAACAAGGAUUUUUUUUUUUAAAUAUUGCUCAUUUUGUUAAAAUUAAUUAAACAGUUAAUACUACAUAUGAAGUUUUCCUUUGACUAGAUGAACUUUGGUGUGCACCAUCCGUCACAGAUGGCAGCACCGUGGUUACACACUUCCGUUCCAUGCGACUUCCGUUCUUUUCACAAAAUUACUUCCACUGAAUGCAGUAUACCAAGAGCUACGAUGGUACACAUCCAAAAAAGAGAAUUCAAAAGAAAACUGUGGGGAUUUCAGUGAAACAUUGUUCCGUUAAGUUUCUUUAUAUUAACUGUAUGUAAGAAAACAGUUGAAAUGUAAAUAGAACCAACUCGAUGUGGUGCCGAUUACCCAGUAAGAGAUCACAACUGUCAUGAAACAAGAUAUGGGACCAUAUCUUAAAAUGUUGUGUUCUUUAAUCUGCUGAAUGUGUUCAUGCCUUGCAAUAAUUUUCGUACAGAGGAUAAGCCAUUUUGGCUAUGUCUGUAAGUGCGUGUCAAUGCAUGUGCUGUAAGAGUUUGUGUGGUGUUGUGUGUCCAAAAAGAGGGUAGGAAUAUCAUUAUUUGUAUCAAAUAUGAUUGCAACCGGCUCCUCCGCAAAGGAGGGAAUCGUAGCAAACAGCAAAUAAGUUAUCUCACAAGUUGAAUAAACUAAUAAAUAAUUAAGUAGAUGGUUGUUUGUAGUUGGUACGCUGUUGAUUAUGAAUGUGCAGUAAUUAAUUGAUGUAUGUUACACUGUUUAACAUGAGACUUUAUUUAUAUUCCAUCACAUGUAGUAGAUUGCAAUAGAUUACCAUGACCAUUAAUCUGAAAAGGUUGCGUAAAUGAUUUGCCACCGAAGUUUGUGUAUUCGUAGAUUUAAAAUUUCUGGGAGGCAGAAAAGAAGUGUUUUGAAUCUGCAUAAAUAAACACUGUACACUAUAGUUUCUCAGUUGCGAAGUUUGAAAUUUAAUUACUGGAAUGUUUUAGACUUCAUUACAUAUUUAAAAAUGUAAAAAAAUGCUACAACUGUAAAAUAUGCUACUAAUUGUGAGGGUAAAAAUCUGAUUCAAUGGACGUUUAAAGAUAUUUACCCAAAAAUUUUAGUGACAUAUUAAUUUUUUUGUUAGAUGCAUUACUUAAACUUUUUGUUGUUCACUUGUAAGGAUUUAAUGAAUGCUGUAAGUUUUUAUCUUCAUCUCUUUUAUCGUUUUAACAUACAUGCACGUAUUCUCGUAAGGGAUACUUUUAAUUUCUUCAGAUCUCGCACCAUCACGUACAUAUGUACAUAAAUCUUUCGUAAUUUUUGUUGAACUUCCUCUUUCCUCUUUUACCGUCAUAUUUUCGCAUGUCUGAAUGCCCUAGCAGGUGCUUCUGCUCAUAAGCCUAUUUCCUUAUCACUUGUUUGUUGGUCUGUUGGGAUGUAUCAUUCACCCGUUGUGGCUGGUUUGCAACCUAAUUGGCACAUUAGGUUUGAGCUUUCACGCAGAGUAGGUUCAGGUCCUGCUACCUUGGUUUCUCGAGUGUCGAGCUACAGCUAGAAAUGCUACUCCCAUAUUACAUUUAAUAGCUCUUGGCUUAUGACCUGCCCUUAGGCACGUGAUAUCGGGACAGUUGAAGACGCCUGCUAAAGUAAUUGGUUAUCUUCUCCAGGAGGUUUCAGACUAAGCUGUUAUUACUAACUGUGAAGAAGUACUAUAAAAGCUUGGAAAGAUUUUACUUGUGCUCUCCUGUUUUAUUAUGAAUUACCAUGAAUAACUUAAAAAUGAAGUUACAGAAAAUAUUUAAAAAUAAAUCGAUAACAACAUUGUGUAAUCACCCCUUACCCUCAUUGCAAUCAUGUAAUGACUAUAAAAAAUAAUUAAUAUUAUAUAUAUUAGAUUUAUGGAACAAAUUGGAACAGUGUUUGUUUCUGUAUGUACAUUUUCACCCCACUUCUUUUCUGUUGAUUAGUUCCGACAGAUUUAUUUUGCUUUACUUCUGGGAAAACAAAAAUUAUUCAAAUGGUUACAUUGUUCAUAUUAUCAACACCACAUGACAUGUGUUUGUUCAUAUACAAGUCACCUUGCAAACAUACAUGUGCAAACUCGUAUGUGUGGCAAGUCAUAAAGAAAUCUGUUUGUUUUCACUACCUGAUCUUACUAUGGAUUUCUAGUCUCUGUUAAUAAAUAUUUAGUAUCUUGAAUGGGAAGCAUGUUUUUAACCAAGUUGCCCCAUUUUUUAUAUAUUUUUUUUGCAUUUGUUAUUGAUGCAGUUAAAUCACGAUUAAAUGUAAUAAUAACAGUGAUAAUUGUUUGGACUUUUAAAAUAAAAUAACGGAGCUGAUUGGGCAAGAAUAGUUUCGUGUUCAUGCAUGUUGUUCUAGUAAUCUACAAAUUUACUAGUCAACUAAAAACCUUUUGCUUAUUAAAGAUCCAACUUGGAUUAAAUCUGAGCAACAGUAUUUUCAUGUAGAAGUUACAAUGUAGGGUUGUUGCGAGAGACCUGGAUUUCUAGUUACAAACCGGUAAAAAAAAAAGGCUACACAAGAAUUUCUUCCAUCAAUUAUGUUGUUGAAGAGUUGCUUUGCCAAAGCUAACCACGUCUUGAUCUGGAUCAAGAAGAAAAUUGUGUUAGCAUUAUUUACCUCUGCUGUGUCAUAUAACCAGGAAAACUCAAUGCAAUUGAAACAAUUUAUUUUAAAAUAAAAUUUCAUUUAUGUUAAUAUUCCAUUUGAUGUGCAUCACAAACUUAAAUUAAUACAUAGUUUAAGUUGCAUUCUGUCAGUAUAAAAUAUCACAGUAACAAUUGGAGAUAACACAACCUUCUUUAUGCUUACCUUGUUGAACGUUCUGUUCGUUCACUGAUUAGCCGGUAGUUUGCACUUUAUAGGAUCUUGUCCAAGAUGUGUUUCAAUACAAGUGCAAUGUUUUUAUUUGUAUGGUUUACAUUUUCAUUCCAGAAAGCCUUGAAAUUGUGUAUCAACAUGUCUUGGUACUUGAUGCGGUAAAGAUAACCUUAGAAAAAGUAAUUUAUUAGUCACUAUGUCAAUAAUGUUGUGUAAAACAUAAAUGCACGAGGGUUCUUUUUCUCCUGAACAUAACUCAGAUUGUGUGUGUUGAGCUUUAUUGUAAUUUUGGGCAAAAUUACAAUUGCACUUGCUGUUAUAUUUUCAAUAUAGUUAAUAUCCUUUGUAGGAUUCUUUGAAACUAAUAAUUUUAUUCAAAGAGUUUCUGGACUCCUAGAACUAUUCAGCUAUUUCAGGGCUGCACUAAUGUAAACAAUGUUUUGUGAAAUGGCUUACGCGAGUAUUCAAUUUGUGUUAGUUUCAUUUCCUGGUUGCUAGUAAACCACCUCAGCUGAUACAGCACUUAAAGAGCACAUAUGCCUGGAAAUGUUAGUAAGAUUUUUACUUGUACAUCAGCAAGCGUUUCAAGUGCUCAAAUGGCAGUUUCGAUACUCUACGAAGAAGAAAAUUCCUUGUUAGAAUUACGAAUCGAUGUGCGCAGAUAUGAAAUUAAAUAGUGACCUUGGUUUAUUUUCAUAGAGAUUGGAUAGUUUUGAGCUAAAACUGCAAUUUUUUUUUUGUGGCUGAAUUGAUGAGCUCAAAUAAAAUUUUUACCAGACAAAGAACAUUGAGUAGACAAUUUUCUAAUUUUUUUUUGCUGACUUCUUGAAAAAAAAAAAAACUUGUACGUACAACUCACUUGUGCACAUCACACCAGGUAGACUGGCACUUUGAAGGAACAUAAUUAUAUAAACUUGAACGGUGUAUUUUGAUUUGUGCAAUACACCUGUUAGCUAAUAGAUGCGAUGAAAGUUUUUUUUAUAACUUAAAAUUCUAGAAGUCAAACUGUUUCUGUAUGUUUCAUGAUUAUGUAAAUUAAAAGGAAGGAAAAAAUGAGUAAAAUCUUGCAACUAUGUACAAAGUCCACAAUGUGUGCUGUAAUUGUUUAUUUAACAUAGAUAGUGUUAAAAUGAGUUUUUGUACAGUGUCUGUGUAAAUAAUUGGAAGUACAGUUGCAAAUAAGCAGAGUAAUAAUUUUUAGAUGUAUAUAGCAAUUAAGUCUGAACUGUGUUCAAAGGCCUUGCCUAUAGUAGCACUUGGGUAGUGCAACAAAGGGGUUUGUUCAUUCGUUGCUACACAAACCCCACCAAUUAGGUCAGACAACAUCUGUGUUGAUGUGGUUUCACUUCUUGCCGAGUUUUGUAUCCUUCAUUCAUUGCCUGUUCACAUUGAACGAAGUCUGCCUACAAUUUAUCUACUAAAUUGCAUGUACGUACUUUUGUACAAUGUGUGGGUUUAUUUCCUAAAAGUGCUUCAUUGAAUAUGUACAGGAACGGAAGUUAUUUCCUAAUGCUAUUAAAUGUUACUUGUUCAAAUCAAAGUACACGACUGUAACUUAUGUUUUUUUUUUUAUGUUACAAUACACACACAUUCCUUCAUGAAGGUUUCUAGUUAACUAGAAUGAGAACUUUAUUUUGAGAGCAUAUGUGAAGUUUUGCUUUUAUUAAGGCUUGCAAAAACAAUGUGUGUGUUUGUGAACUGAUGCUAUUUGCCAAUAUACUUUACAGAAGUAAACCUUUUUAAAAGUACUGGCACAGAGUUACAUGAACUAAUACUGUUAAAUGUCGUGCAAGUUUUUUUGUCUAUGUUUGUUCACUCCUUUCUGUGAACAUUUUGCUUAUUGCAAAAAUAGUGUUAAUAGAUUGUUUUAACUUUCUUGUUCCUUUAAGUAUGAAAAUAAAACUUGUGGUUGUUGAUGUUAUAUUUCUAUGCAAUAUAUUUUAAAUUGAACAGACUGAUGUGAAAUUAUUGUACUUCCAAGGAUAAUCCACACCAGUAACUUGUAUAUUAGGUUGCCUAGCCGUUAUGAACAUGCACCAAGUAGAUGAUCUGAAAUUAACAUUUUGCUAAGAGAGAAACUUAACAAAAAAUAUUUCUAUAAGUGUUCCAAAGACACUAGUUUUGAAAUCGUGACUAAUUUGGGGAAAACAUGCGAUAUGAAAUUAAUUUUAACUUUUAACAAAACAAUUGCAAUAUUUUGGUUGGUCUUUUCUCGUGCCAUUAUUGAUACUUAGAAACACAUGCACGUACUGUAUGCAUUUUUUUUUAAAUAGUAAAUUUUUAGCAAUGUUGCAUGCAUGCAAUAUUAUUCACAAUCCAACACCAUGGGGUUCGCAAAAAUGUACAAAUUAGUUGACUUGAAUUGUCGAACUACUGAAUAGUUUGUGGAAUCAUGCAUGCAGAAUGAACUAAUCGGCUGGGAGAUGGGUUACUACUGUUCUUGCAGAGGGCUCCUAGCAGACCAAGCUAAUGCACUCCAACAGUCUUGGCCAUGCCUUUGGACUUGGGAGGUGAUUGUCAGUACUACAAGGCCGAAUUCAUGUUUCCUUGUUGCUGUGAUGCAGAAAGACCAAGUGCUUGUUCGCACACAUAAUCUGGUUACCAACAGGUCACUUUUGCCUUUUGAAGGAUCUUAAAUCUCAGCCUUGCCACAGAAGACCAGCGGGGGUGCAAACGGACAGUUUAAACCGGACUUGUAUUGUACCAAGCAUGGAAAAAAAAAGGCUAGCUUUCAAAAGAUGAGUUGUGAAUUGUUUUACAAAUCACUUUUAUGACGGCGUAAUAUGUCAAACUUUCAUGUUUUGCAGAGGGUCGACAGAUUUCAGAAUACCUACUUGUAAAGGUUGUGUUGUUUUUUCCCCGUGUUUUUUGCGUUUUUACUGUGUACUUUAUUAAAUGUUAGUGAAUGUUCAAAAUCAAUUCACAUUGUAAAUAAAAGUUUAAAACUGUUGCAGUUAA